AUGAGGAAAAUUCAGUAUUUAAACCCAUAUGAAGUGCCGUACUACCUACACUACACACUUCAUAAACCCACUCCCUCACCACCACAAUCCCAUUCUCUUCUCUCCCUCCCAGCUACUCCCAGUUCUCCACUCCAGCCCAGAACCACCACAACAAACCCCCCUCCCAAAACCCACAACCAUGCCCGACACCCCCGCAUCAACGAAUACCUCAACCAAAUCUUCGACCUCCUCGGCGAGCUCAUGACCUCCGAAAUCCGCAUCGCGCAGCUCCCCGGCCGAGAACGCGACGCCCAACAAAUCUUCGCCCAGGGCACCCAAGUACUCAACGAGCUAGCCGAGCGCAUCCAAGAAAAUAAUUCGCACCAUUUUCGUCUUCAACAGGAAAUCGAGCGCAGGGCAGCGGUUUUGCGCGGGUGUGCAGUGGUGGGAUCGGUUUUUCUUUCGGAGCAGCUGGCGAGGGUGUGUGAGAUUCUGUGA